AUGACAUCAACAUCAUCUUCAUCUUCCUUACCACCCUCUGUACUCCGACUUGAAAAUACACCUACAGUCGAAAGAUUCUACCAUAUUCUCGAGAAGCUAUCAUGCCCACUUGCCAGCCCAUUAAGCUUCACACUUUGUUCAAAUGGCAACAAGAUAAUAUCAAUCCAAGAGGCUACAUCAAUGGAAUGUAUACGACGACGAGCAGAUCAAGUCAUACCAGACAUUACUUAUAAACUAUGUAAUUUAGAGUGUAAUAUUACAGUAGAUGUAUCGUAUGUAUCGCUUAUAUAG